GUCUACUGGAGCUACCCACUUCGAUCAAUUAGCCAAGAUUUUGACCGGAUACGAAAUCACUGGUGCUCGAUCUAGUGGUAUUUUUAUGGGGAUUCUAUCUAUCGCUGUAGGAUUCCUAUUCAAGAUCACUGCAGUUCCUUUUCGGGCGGCUGUAGGACGGACGGCCGCCUAUAGGUGGUAGGGUAGGGUGGGUGGUACCGCUCAGAUUGCGGCCAAUCUUCCUAACCGCGCGCGGGCCGGGCUUAGAGCGCGUGAAACUCAUCACUACCUCGUAAGGGCGUUGAGACCAUAGCAUGUUACACGAAAGCGCCGCUUUCUCUGGAGUGUUGUCACACAGCUGCCCGCCUAGAAGAGCCACUCGCUCUGUAGUGUUGUCACACAAGAUAAGCACGCCGCCCGCCUGCUGGCCGGGCGAAUCGAAGUUAUCUUCCGGUCAACUGUCCACCCAGUCAAGUGCAAAAAACACAGUGGAAUCACGCAACGCACGCUGCUGGUGUGCUUCCUGCCCACGAGGAAAGAAAGAAGAGCGACAAGGUUCAGUUCAGAUUUGACUGUUUGCAGCAUGGGAGCUGAUUACCCAAAAAAUCCCUGGGAACAAAAAAAAAAAAAAAGAUAUCUCGGUAACGAAAACUAUAGGGGGCUGUAUUGGCGAGAUCCAACGGUGAACAGCUGCCCAAAAGAAAAACCGCCUGGAAGUCCGAGGACCUUUAGUACCGUACCCCCGAACCAGCAGCCUUCGCGCCAAGCAAGACCGCCCUUGUCCCUUUCCUUUCUCCAUUCAGCCUCCUUCUUUGCUUUGUUCCAAUAGAGUCUAAGGCAAAGCUAAAGUGGUUCGUAUGCCUACUUUACCUACUUGACGAAAGGGAACGAACAACGUUUCGUUUCCGGGUUUAUGGAUUGGAUUCAGUCAGCGUCACGACAUAAUCAAAAGGAAGGAGUGACGCUUUGGUUACCGGCGAACGCUUCCAAAGGCGACCCUCUCGAGUUUCCGGCUGUUUCCGUCAUUGAAGUAGCCUUUCGUCGCCCUACCCCCCUAUAAGUAAGUUGAAGUCACUAUCAGCCCUACUGAAGUACCAAAGGUGCGCUCCGCCCGGUGACUAAGAAAUUGGUUUGCGACUGAAGGAAGUAGGGCUCCUAUUGACUAAAGGUUGGUUCUUCGGUUUCCUUUAGAAUGAAAGUAGCUAUGAAGCCCCUACUACUUUGUUUGAUUCAAAAGGCGAACAGCCCCCCCAACUAGUCGUAUGGGGUGGGGUGCUUGUGGUAAGCUGCCUUGGAUAUGAGGAAUUCCUAAAUCAAAAAGGCAAAGUCCGGUAUUUGACGAAGAUCUUUCGAUCAAUAGAUAGGAAUGAGUGUUCGAUAUAGGGUAUCAAUAGAUAGCUGCUCUUUCUCUCUCAUUUUUUUUUAGAGAGAGCAGAUAUAACGAUAACGAUAAAAAAUAAAUUCGGGAGAUGAUAAAGGAUACAUAGACAUCUAAAGGGAUUUCUAUUCUAUUCCUCUGUAUUUUAUAGAAAAAAAAAAAAAAGAUAUCUCGUUCAUCUAUCUCUUGUCUAUCUAUCCAUUGAUUCUAUCUAUGAAUCAAGUCAAAAGAGUUCGUUUUUGGGUUCCCCGAAGCCCCGAAUAGAUUGGAUCGUUUCUGCCAACGAAAUGAACGCGGAGCCCGUUCCGAAUGCUUCUCCGAUCCGGAAGUUAUCGCGAAGAGAAUCAAAUAAGAUGCCUCCCUCUGUCUUUUCCCGCUUUGCUAAUCUUCCCCUCUAACGCGGGCCGGGCGGCGGCGGGCGCGGAGGAAGAAACCUAAGAGAAGACGCUCUUAUCUUAGGUCCUUUUUUUCAGUGCAACACAGGAAAGCGCCCUCUUUUUGUCAUCCCUGCAGCUUUCCAGAGGCUUUUUUGGUAUUGAACGCAUGGCGUAGCUAGGACCCUUCAAAUCAUGUUUGAGCCUAUGUGAAAACCAAACCCACCCCAUAGCGAAAGAAUGCCCGCCAAGUUCAGAUAAGGGAAUGCUUCCCCCAACCACUAAAGGAAAGGCUCGACGAAGGGCCCUUGAUCCGGGAAAACGCUUUCGGAGAUCGAGAUUGGAUUUGUUUUUCAUCGAAAACGAAGAAGGCCGAGGAUGGCCUACGGUGCGUGUUAUCUGAAGGGAACACGCUUUUUCGACCGCGGUGGUAUGAUUGCCGGGCCCUCUCCUCGUUCCGCCCGCUGGCCUAUUGGGAUAGCAGCCUUCGGGCUUUGCCUGCCCUUUCUAAUAAAGAAUUCCGGCUCGGCCCGGGAAAGCGCUGGCAACAACAGAAAGGAAGGGGUCCAUGUAGCUGCUGCGCCCGCCCACUGAGCAGCAGGUUCGGCAUCUACUACAAAAGAGAGAAUCCACUUCAGAUAACCACGCCUCUGCUAGGCAGCGUGUGGAAUGGCCGAGAGCGGACCUUUUUGGAUAUAUAAUCCAAGUCGAGAGUGGAGUUACGGGAACAGCCGUCUGAUGGAAAACAACUUUCACGUUCGGUUCAGAGAGCACUUUUUUCGUUGAGAAUUCCUCGUUCCCUUUCGUGUGAAUUCCCCAGCGGCGAAUUAACAACUUGUGGGGCCCUAUCUAUUCCAUCUCUCGAGCCCCGAAGAAAACCCCCCUCCCCUUCGGACUCCAUAUCUCUUUUGACUCUAUAUAUGCGGGCACCUGAUAUCUAUGAGGGUUCACCCACCCCGGUUACAGCAUUCCUUUCUAUUGCGCCUAAAAUAUCUAUUUCUGCAAAUAUGUCACGUGUUUCUAUUUAUGGUUCCUAUGGAGCUACAUUGCAACAAAUCUUCUUUUUCUGCAGCAUUGCUUCUAUGAUCUUAGGAGCACUGGCCGCCAUGGCCCAAACGAAAGUCAAAAGACCUCUAGCUCAUAGUUCGAUUGGACAUGUAGGUUAUAUUCGUACUGGUUUAUCAUGUGGAACCCUAGAAGGAAUUCAAUCACUACUAAUUGGUAUCUUUAUUUAUGCAUCAAUGACGAUAGAUGCAUUCGCCAUAGUUCCAGCAUUACGGCAAACCCGUGUCAAAUAUAUAGCGGAUUUGGGCGCUCUAGCCAAAACGAAUCCUAUUUCGGCUAUUACCUUCUCCAUUACUAUGUUCUCAUACGCAGGAAUACCCCCGUUAGCCGGCUUUCGUAGCAAAUUCUAUUUGUUCUUCGCCGCUUUGGGUUGUGGGGCUUACUUCCUAGCCCCAGUGGGAGUAGUGACUAGCGUUAUAGGUCGUUUUUAUUAUAUACGCUUAGCGAAAAGAAUGUUUUUUGAUACACCUAGGACAUGGAUUCUAUAUGAACCAAUGGAUCGUGACAAGUCGUUACUACUAGCAAUGACUUCCUCUUUCAUUACUUCAUCCUUUCCAUAUCCCUCUCCCUUGUUCUCAGUGACUCAUCAAAUGGCACUCAGUUCAUAUCUUUAAGUUCGAUCAUUGACAAGGUUCAAAGAAAGGGUGGGCUAAGGAUCCCGCUUUGAAACUGGUUUCAAAUUUGCCAGGAAGGCAGGAGCACAAAAGUGUCAAGUAGUUCAACCAGAGCAGUGAAGAUUGCUAGCGGAUGGGAUUGAGAGAGACAGCGAGAGGUAGCGAAUGAAGGAAGACAGACAACGGACAAGGCAGCGGAGGAAGAUCAGUGCGAGGUAGAGCGGAUGAGAGUGAAGCAACGAAGGAAGGCAGGCAGCGAGAGGUAGCACAGCGUAAGGGAGAGAGGGAGGUUUGCUUGGGAUGGACAGUCACUGAUACAGGUUCUAUUCCACUUCUCUAAAAACUGUUAUUCUUAUAGUAAAUAUCAUUCUCCUCUCUAUCAUACUGUCUACAGUA